GACCUGAAGGCAGCACCACCCCUAAUCAGCGUGGUUGUUGCUCUUGAACACACCUCGUAACAUUUUCUCCAACAGGAGACGGAGGGGAAGUGAACGCCGAGCGAAAGAUCAUAUAUUACCCCAGGUUUCAUUGUCUUUGUCUCGGGAUCCAGGAUGACGAGCUAUCAACUGAGCGCGAAGGAGGACAUGGUGGAGAAGUUUCUGGAUGCUGCAGCAAGAGGAGAUAUGUCCCAGGUGUCCACCUUGCUGUCCCAUGUGCCCUCGCUCAUAAACCAGACAGGAUACAGCGGCUGGACCGCACUAAUGCUUGCAGCUCGCAAUGGACAUUCUCAUGUGGUGGAGAAGCUGCUGUCACAUGGCUGUGAUAAGUUCAUAGUAAACAGUUCAUCACAGACCGCCUACGAUGUUGCCAAGUUCUGGGGUCACAAACACAUCGCUAACCUACUCUGCCAGACAGACGAUGGCUGCCAGCGAGUCCUGCCGGGCUCCGACAUCAGUCCGCAGGAAAACUACUUCAGCAGGGAGACGCUGGACCGCCUGAGUGGGAAGAGGACUGACAAGGCCUGGUUGGAGGCCAAACAAAGAGAACCAGAUACUGUCUACCUCAUAUUCUCGAACCUCAGCCCCAUGCUCAGCACAUCCCAGGAAGACGACAGCGCAGUGGUUGAGAGCAAACUGUGCUGGUUCAGAUAUGAGGCAGUUAAGGAUCUUCUGCAGAAACCUGCAACUGUGCUCAUUUUCCUCGGAGUGGAGAAGAGGAAAAAUCCCUCCCCUUGCUCUCCUGAGGAGGGUAUCCGGGAGGCUCCUGCUUGGUUUGCUUUCAGCACUGAUGAAGAUGCUGCUGACCUUGUUAAACGGUGCAGGGAGAAGAACUGCUCCUUUUCAAAGAUGCCAAACAGAGACCUGCUGAAACUAAACGAGGAAGAGGCCGGAAUCGUGGCUCAGGCUCGAUCGAUGUUGGCCUGGAACAGUCGCUACAGCUUCUGUCCGACAUGUGGCAGCAGCACCAAACUGGAGGAUGGAGGACACAAGAGAAGCUGUCUGAACUCUGAAUGCAGGAGUCUAAAGGGGGUCCACAAUACCUGCUAUCCACGAGUUGACCCAGUGGUCAUCAUGCUGGUGAUCCACCCAGAUGGAAACCAAUGUUUACUGGGAAGGAAGAAGGUCUUCCCAGCUGGGAUGUUUUCCUGUUUAGCGGGAUUUGUAGAGCCUGGGGAAACGAUUGAGGAUGCAGUAAGGCGGGAGGUGGAGGAGGAGAGCGGCGUGAAGGUCGGACCGGUUCAGUAUGUCUCCUGCCAGCCCUGGCCGAUGCCAUCCAACCUCAUGUUUGGCUGCCUUGCUGUCGCUAUAUCAACAGACAUCAAAGUGGAUGAGAAUGAGAUAGAAGAAGCUCAGUGGUUCACACGGCAACAGGUAAUCGACUCCUUGUUCAGAGGAGCAUCUCCAGCUUUUAACAUCCCCCCCAGGCAGACCAUCGCCCACCAGAUGAUCAGACAUUGGAUCGGCAUAAACGCUAACCUCUGACAGAACACCUUCAUCACUCGACCACCUGCCCAGCUGAGGUCGUCAGAUGGAUAGGAACGAGUUUGUCCCCAGUAGAUUAACUCACCACAUUCCUCAGAUUGUUCAUGUUGUGCUUUAAUAUUAGUUUACUGCAAAGUGACUUUACGCAUGUACAACAAUCUCAGGUUUGACAUUUCACCUCGGAAAUAUCUGCAGUACGAUGAUGAAAUAUGGAAGAAGAAGCAUGCUCUGUCCAGAUUCAGUCCAGAAGUAGUUGUCAGAAACUGUAAUUAUUUAAAAUAAAUGUAUUUUAAAAAAUGUAAAGUAGUAUUCUCCUCGCGUGUUUUAUAAUAAACUAUAUUCAACUUUCCUUGGAUUAAACAAAACAUUUUUGACAAGAAAUUAAUUCUCAAACAUCCAUUUCAUCUGCCAAACCAUUCAGAGUCCUCAGGGUGGGGGGCCUUUUGUUUAUGUUUAAUUUGUUUUCAUUUACUUUAAUAAGUUCAUUAAAUCUAAAUAUUUCAGUAAAAUUGCACAAGAGAUUCUGAUGAUUGCUGGAUUAUUUCUAGGAGCCAAAAUAAACUUCAAGUAUUAAAUAAA